UAUUAACUCUGAAUUUAAUGGUGUACUUCUUUGUUUACCAUUUGCAUACUUUAAAAAAUACGGACAUUGACAUGAGGAUUAAGCUUUCAAAUUUUAUUUUUUGUCAUUAGCAAAAAGGGAAAUCAGAUGUAGCAAUGUCCACGAAAUCUCAGAACAAUGGCUCGGAUGAGAUGGAUGAAGAAACACCAUUAUUAAUUGGUAAAGAUGCUCUACUAAGAGUAAGAACAUAUUCACAAGGUAGUGGAACAAUAUCUCAUCACAGCGAGGCAGCAACGUUUGAUUUUCGAGCACCACCUCCCAGUCACGUGACACCAGAAGACGUAUUACAACGAAUGAGAUAUGCUUUCAGAAAUGACGGUUUUGAUGCGGAAAAUGAUUUUGAAGCUGCGCAAUCCAUGCUUAAUACAUUGGAACGAUCUGCAUUCCGAGACACAGUGCUCGAUAAUUUAAAAGAAACGCCUAUGUCUAUGAGGGAACGACUUGGUUUGCGAAGACUAAUAUACUCAAAGACUCAUACUAGAAGGAGACGUGAACAAGAAAUAGAAGAAUCAACAACAAAGAGCGGGAACCGCAAUUACACAUUUGUUCCAUUUAAUUUGUGGGAAGAAACAAUCGCAAACUUAUCAGCUUACUUUGGAAGCAAUGUUGCGUCAUACUUUAAGUUCUUGAGGAUUUUGUUGUUGUUGAAUAUAGCAGCAGGAAUACUGAUGAUAUCUUUUAUAACUGUUCCACAGGCAAUUGACGGACCACAAUCGUUUAACUCAUCUAUUAGUCAGUUUGGCUGGUUAUCUAAAAGCAUGUUAUUGUUUGGAUCCUACAGCUCAGAUAAAAUCCACAACACAUACAAUCAACCGCUAGCAUAUAUUCUCACCUGGAUGGGAGUCAGUCUUUUUUAUUUGAUAGUUAUUGCUGUGGCAAUGCAUAUUCGCUAUCGACAAAGUAAACUCUCUGACAAUGCAGACGACUAUGAGUUUGCUCUUCGAACAUUCAGCUCAUGGGACCACACAAUAUACUCAAAAGAGGGAGUGAAAGAUAGACGAAAAGCGUUGUGUAUGGAGUUAAAGGAGCGAAUAAGAGAAGAACGUAAAGCAAGAAAACCAAGAUUGGAAAAAAGACUCCUGCGAUAUCUUGGUCGUAUUAUCAGCAAUACAAUUGUAUUGGGAUUACUCGGUGGAAGUGGUUAUCUUGUAUAUUAUGUUGCUGACGAAUUUAAGCUUCCAGAUAGUACACCCACAGAACUAAAGACACUGUUUGAUAAAUAUCAGCUGUCAGCAGUGGUUUCUUUAUUGAAACUGUUCAUACCUCUUCUAUUUGAAUUUCUGGUUCAUCUAGAAGGAUGGCCACCCAGAACAGCUCUAAAGAUUACACUGUUUAGAACCACAUUGUUUUAUUUUGCAAGUCUCGUAGUUUUUGAUAUGUCAUUACAUAAUGUUGCAUCAGAAUGCUCUAGUGAUUCAUGCAGUGAUAAGGGUAUAAAUACAACUGAGGUGGUUUGCUGUUGGGAGAAUCGAGUUGGAGAAGAAGUUCUGAAAGUGGUGUUUAUAGAUCUGGGUUUAUGUAUAGCUGUUGGAUUAUUUUUUCAUGUUGCAAAAGCUUUGUUUAUAAAAUGCAGAAUAUGUUGUAUUCAGUUAGAACUUAGUGAGUUUGGCAUUACAUCUAGUGUGUUAGAUUUGAUAUAUGGACAAGGGUUGAUAUGGCUUGGAUUAUAUUUUUCGCCAUUGAUAAUAGUUAUUGGAAUUAUUAAACUAUUCGUUGUGUUCUACACACAAUUAUUCGUCGCCAAAAUGGCUAUGGUUGCUCCAAAGAAAGUAUUCCGAGCAUCACGAUCUGGGAACUUUUAUUUGUUUAUACUGCUGCUCACAUGGUUUUUGUGUAUACUUCCAACUGCUUACACUAUUGCAGAAGUAAGUCCCUCUGCAGAUUGCGGACCCUUCAAGAAGAUGUGUAAGGCAUAUGAUGUGAUAUCUCAUAGCAUUGGAACCUGGCCCGACUGGCUCGAGGAACCUGUCAAAUACAUUGGAACAGCCGCAGUAAUUAUUCCUGUAAUAAUAUUGCUAUUGUUGGUAGCUCUUUACUACAGAGCCAAGUCUUCCUCGUAUGCCGAUCUGAUUAAAGAACUUAGAAAUCAACUCAAAUUUGAAAGAAAAGUUGAGAAGAGGAAAGUGUAUGCUAGUGCUCUUUCAACACCUUUUGGCACAGCAAGUAAAGCCACGGGACAAAAGUACGAAUUUGACAUGGAACAGACAAACUUUCCAAUAAUAAAGACAAACACAUAAAACGUAAAAAUAAAAUAUUUAAUAGUGAUGAAUAACGGUACUCGGAUAAUUAUACAUCAGUAUGAUCUAAAUCAUUUAUCUAAAGUGCAAAAUAGAUCUGUGACGAUUAGUGCAAUGAAUAUUGAUGUAUUGUAACACUUUGUCAGUGAUAGGAAAAGUACAACCUGAUAUAUGUUUUUGUACUUUUAUGAAAUUCAGCUUUGAGAAAUUCUGUUUUUUUAAUCAUUUAACAUGUAACAUGGUCGUGACCUGGAUAUGACAAAUACAUUUUUAUUUUUAAAAAAAUACAAUAUAACAAUUAUGUACAUUAGUACGCCAUAGCAAAAUAAUCUAUCAGAGGUUACUUAGUUAGCUAAUCAUCUCUGCUGUCCUCAUCAUAGAAACGAAUGAACAAAAAUUCGCUAAAAUACGACUUUAUAAACAUAUUCAUCCACAGAAGUAUGGCAGACAAGAAGAAUUAUAUAAAAUUCAAUACAACUGCAUAAAGUCUAACAAAGGUAA